AUGGCAACACCUUCGACUCCAUCGUCGUCCAUGAAGAAAAACGACAAGGCCAUCGAGGCUGGGGACCUUGGGCCAGUACAUAAUGGGGCUGUCACCGGCACCGAUGCCGUCGCACGGGUUCAGUCUAGGAGCGGACCCAUCGACACAGACGCUGUGAUAAUUCAUUCGAACGCAGACAUCGAGAAGAAUGCGCGUGCCCCAUCACACAACCCUCUGCCACCCGGAGCCCCCAAUCCCGCAAACUUCCCUGAUGGCGGCCGCGCUGCGUGGCUCGUCGUCCUCGGCGCGUGGUGCGCUACUUGCUGCACAACGUCCCUCUCGUCCUGUAGCUCCUGUGCUACCUGUUGA